AAAAGUCCAUGCAUGGAGACCCGACUAAACGGACUCAAGCCAGCGAGGUGAAUGCAAUGUCUCAACCCGAAUCCUCGACAUCAGGGAAAAAUCAAGGAGCCUCCGAAAAUCUUACGAUGCAUGAAACAACUACCACCUCAUUGCGGCCGGACAGACCCACUACGCGGAUCGUGAUCGUUAAAGGACAUCUCCGGCCUGCUCCGGGGGGCCCACAUGACAAGCCCGUGCUAUCCUCUAACAAUGUUGCCCCUGUAGUGGACGUUGCCUCUCAAUCGGAUAGCUCAUCCAAAUCAGACGGCGGAUCGGAUAGCGUCGAAGAUCCUAACGCCUGGAAAGAUCGUUUGCGUUCCACCAGUACAGAGGCAGAUUUGAAGUUGGCAAAAAGUAUGGUCGGCAGCGAUUGCACCCUCAUGUUGCCAGAUCCCGAGAGUAGCCUCACUAGUCCCCCUCCGAAAUCGUUCUUCGGGGUUCACAUUACGUCCAUCGCGCGGGGCAUGCGGGUGCCUUUGUGUCCAUUCUUGGUGGCACUCCUUGCCCAUAUUGGGAUAUCGCCAUGCCAGAUGACCCCAACCGCACAUAUGUUUACAGCUGCUUUUGUCGCUCGCUGUAAUGGGGUUGGUAUCCGACCAUCCAUACCGUUGUUCCGUGCAUGCUUUAGGUGGAACCGUCCUAACAGUAAGACAGAUGACGGUGGGUUCGUGUCACUUUGCCAAUCACCGCAUCGUAAGCUCUUUGAUCAGUACCCAGAAUCACCUAGGAAGUGGUCGAAUAAAUGGGUAUGGGCGUCCGCUCCCCGCUCGCUUCCCGUCACGUCUACCUGGGGUAAUUCAAUGCGCGAGUAUAAGCCUGUCUCUCUCACCCCCGACCUUGAGGAGAAGGUCGAGACCUUGCUCCAAGGGGGCCCUUUCCCGGUAAACUCGUAUAUAGGUAAAAAUCUUCUGCCUCCGCGGGUCACAGAUACCACAUAAAAUCAUCCCUUAAUUUGGUGAUAUUUUCUGGUGUAACAGGCAACAGAGACGAAGCUGCCGCCCCCAAGGUGCCAUCGGGGACCAUGCUUCCACCUUCUGCGCCUGGUGCGGGUUCAUGUUCGCUCGAUCCUGGGGAUAAGCGCGGGGCCUCCCCGUCCCGUGAAGAGCAGGUUGCCAUGGACGAAGAAGGUAUGUUAAGCAGGGUUGCCGUGCCCCCUCCCUUGGCUACAAUGCAGGGUGUCGCCCCCCAGUCCGUGAUGCCCUGUGCAAGCAAGGGCGUGUCUGAUGCCACCAUGCCCGAGGUCGACGCCGGGGUGAAGAUCGGGGUUUCCCCACGUCAUGAAGAACAAGUUCGCAAGAAGAAGAAAGAGGUUGCGGGUAUGCGGGGCAGGCUCGCCGCCCUGGCCGCAGAGGAGGACGCCAAGUUCCGG